AUGGAUAAUAUAGACGGGACAGAAUGGACUGUUGUAAUCGCCAUGUUGGUUCAUCUUCUGAUGGCACCGGGAACAAAAGUGGAGGAGAGCUUCAACGUACAGGCAACUCAUGACUUGAUAUACCAUACCUACAACAUUUCUGCGUAUGACCACAACGACUUUCCUGGAGUCGUGCCGAGGACAUUCGCUGGCCCAAUUUAUCUCGCACUAUUUGGCCUUCCCUUCCGAUUUGUUUUUUACCUCACUCAAUCACCAAAAUUUUGGAUGCUGUUUGCAGUCCGUUUUGUACUCGGAAUGACAGUCGUAAUAGCUUUCCUGAAUUUUGCCAGAGCUGUUCGUAAACACUUCGGAACCGAAACAGCUAUGUUUUUGAGGGAAACAAGCAUUACUAUGAUUCCUGAUGGAAGUGACGGCUCAUCUCAAGAGCGGAUCAACUCUACUGACUCAGAGGCAAUGGAAGAUCUUUAUCUCCCCUUUGUCGUUUGA